AUGAAUGAUCGAAAAAGGGAUCAGCUUCACCUGGAUGUUAAUGAGAUGCCUGCCCUUGGCCAGAAAGAGGACAAUGUUCCAGAAAGCACAGGAACUCGAUGUUUGCGGAACCGAGAGCUACUCAGGAAAAGAAAAGCUGAAGCCCAAGAAAGACAAAUGUCACAGUGGCCUGGAUCACAAAAUCAAAGCAAACGACAAAGAACAGCAAAAGGCCGAGGCCAGUCACAAACUAAAGAAACAAAGAAGGAGCCUUUGCAACAAGUUGUGAGAGUGGAAAAGGAAGAAAAAACAAAGAAGGAACUGCCAUCUCAGGAGCAGCAGAAGACACUGGUGACUGUUGCUGAGGACUUCCACUCUACAGAAAACCACAAAGUGACUGUGACAGAACGUGCCCCUAAAACAUAUCAAGAUGCAGCUAUGCCUCAGGACUACACAACUGAAACAUACCAAGAAACAUCUGAGCCUAAGGACCUUUCUCCUAAAACAUGCCAAGAAACAGCUGUGCCUGAAAAACAUGCCUUUAAAACACACCAAGAAACCACUGUAUUUAAAGAGAUGCCUCCUAAAACAUGCCAGGGAGUAGUUGUACUGGAAUCUUUCUCUCCUAAAAGAGACCAAGAAACAGCUCUUCCUAAAGAUUGUUCUCCGAAAAUAUGUCAAGAAACAGCUAUCACUGAAAACUAUGCACCUAAGGGAUGUCAAGAAACAGCUAUACCUGAACAGCUUUCUCCUAAAACAUGCCAGGAAAUAGGUGUGUCUGCAAAAUACACCCACGAAACAUACCAAGAAGCAUCUGUACCCGAAGAUCUCUCUCGUAAAACAUGCCAAGAAACAUCUGUGCCUGAAAAACAUACCUCUACAACAUACCAAGAAACCACUGUGUUUAAGGAGCUGUUUCCUAAAACAUGCCAAGGAAUAGUUGUACCUGAAUCUUUGUCUCCUAAAAGAGACCAAGAAACAGCUCUUCCUAAAGAUUGUUCUCCAAAAAUAUGUCAAGAAACAGCUAUCAUUGAAAACUGUGCACCUAAGAGAUGCCAAGAAACAGCUGUACCUGAAGAGCUUUCUCCAAAAAUAUGUCAGGAAAUAGGUGUGUCUGCAAAAUACACCUUUGAAAUAUACCAAGAGACAGAUGUACCUGAAGAUCUCUCUCCUAAAACAUUCCAAAAAAGAGCUAAAACUGAAAAUUCUUCACCUAAAAGAAGCCAAGAAACAACCAUUUAUGAAGCACUUUCUCCUAAAACAUGCCAAGAAGCAGCUGUGCCUGAAAAAUACACCCUUGAAACAUGCCAAGAAACAGUUGUACCUGAAUCUUUGUCUCCUAGAAGAUACCAAGAAACAACUGUUCCUGGAGAUUGCUCUCCUAAAACACAUCAAGAAACAGCCAUCACUGAAAACUAUGCACCUAAGAGAUGUCAAGAAACAGCUGUGCCUGAAGAGUUUUCUCCAAAAACAUGCCAGGAAAUACCUAUGUCUGAAAGAUACACCCUUAAAACAAACCAAGAAACAGCUGUGCCGGAAAAACAUGCCUCUAUAAUGUGCCAAGGAGCAGCUGUGCCUAAAGAUUGCUCUCCUAAGACAUGCCAGGAAAAAGCUAUGUCUGAAAAAGGUGUCUCUAAAAUGAACCAAGAAACAACUGUGCAUGAAAGUAGCUUUCCUACACCAUUCCACGAAAUAGAUGCACUUGAAAAACAUACUUCUAAAUCAUAUCAAGAAACAGCUAUGCCCAAAGAUCUUCCUCCUAAAAUACACCAGGAAAGCAUUAUUCCUAAAAAAUACACCCCUAAAACAUACCAAGAAACAGCUAUACACAAAGAAACAUGCCAGGAGAAAAAUGUAUUUGAAAAACAUGCCCUUAAGAUGUCCCAAGAAAGGGCUGUGCCUUACUUAGCUAAAAAAUGCCAAGAAAGAGAUGGAAUUAAAGAAUAUCCUAUGGAACUAUACCAAGAUACAGCUGUGGCCAAAGAUCUCACGCCUAAUAUAAGCCAGAAAAUAUCUGUGCUUGAAAAAUAUUUUCCUAAAAAACACCAAGAAGCAGCUAUGCCUAAAACUGUCUUGGCUAAAAUAUGUCACAAAACAGCUGGUCCAGAAGAAUAUCAUACUGAAACAUACCAAGAAAAAGUUAUGCCUAAAGUUCAGGAUCCUCUAACACACGGAGAAACUGCUACAGCUAUCAUUUGUCCUCCAAAGCUGAAAAAAAUAACAGAAGCAGAGGAACCAGAAAAACCUACAAUUCUGAAUCUUUCCCAGGAGAAUAAUGCAGGGAUUGAUUACCACAGAUUUCAACAACUACCUCAACCAUAAUAAUUUCAAACUAAAGAUACAGUAUCCUAAUACUUUAAAUGCACAAUUUCUCUACAUGCAAUAAAGUAUAGAUCUCUAUAGCGUUCAGCGAUAAUUUGCCUCAGGGAUGUUUUCCUAUAUAUACUCUGUAUUUAACAUAUUUGAAGACCUGGCUUCAGCAAUGGUAACUCAUUUGUGUGUGCUGGGGAAUUGGGGAUAGAUGAGAACAGAUCGAUAGG